UCAUACGACAAGUAGUUGAUAAAACUUAUUAUCUGUUGUGUGUAUAUAACUCUUUAGUGAAGAAAAUAGUUGAAUUGGCAACAUCAUGAAGUUGAUAGUUUUCUGUUUGAUUUUGGUGCCCUGUUUAGCCAUACCUAGUGAGAUCCAGACUGAUAAAGCAACUGUCGAACUACCCGAUGGAGCUAUUUCUUGCCAAAUCGACAGUCCGACUAGGGAUGAAUGCAUUAAAGAGGCUAUCCAGGAUAUGAUACCAAACCUACAGAAAGGCAUGGAUUAUUUAAACAUUCCACCGAUUGACCCUUACACAGUGAAUGGUACUACAUUCGAAUAUAAACGAGGGGACAUAGCUGCCACAUUGAAUGUGAAAACCGUUACGUUCCAUGGUAUGAGUAAGGCCCAGAUAAAGGAUGUACGAACGAAAAUCGACGAAUUAGGCAUGAGCACCGAAAUCGAUGUCUUUAUGCCACGCAUAUAUGCUGAAGGAUUGUACAAAGCCACUGGCAAAGUGAAUAGCUUCAAAAUAAAUGCUAAGGGCACCUUCAACAUGACGUUCAAGGAUACGGCAAUCACACAGAAAAUGAAAGGAGUUUUCGAAACGGUCGAUGGAGAACGAUAUCUCCGGAUCGAAAGCUACGACAUAAUUCCAACGAUUGGUGACUUGAAAGUUCAGAUGACCGGCAUUUUCCCGGAUCCGGAAUUAAACAAACUAGCUGUGGAAUUUAUCAAUCAGUACUGGCCAUUCCUCUACCGGGACAUUAUUCCGGAAACAAGGAAAAUGUGGGAACCAAUGUUGCUUGAGCAGAUAAACGCUUUCAUGCUUCGGCUACCAUUCAGUAAGAUGUUGUACUAUGGUGACGAGAGGAAACAGAAUUAAAUCAAUUUUUUGUUUCCGUUUUUUUCAAUGAGAUAAAUUAGUUAUCAAAUGA